AUGGCUGCCGCCCCUGCCACCGCCCACCUCUCUCCUAGUGUUGGCCACGCCGGGCCGCACUCGUCAGGUGCUGAAGGACCAAGAGCGGCCAGUCCAGUACGUGGGGCUGAACUAGUCACCUACAGUCCAGUACGUGGGGCUGAACUGGUCACCUACAGUCCAGUACGUGGGGCUGAACUAGUCACCUACAGUCCAGUACGUGGGGCUGAACUAGUCACCUACAGUCCAGUACGUGGGGCUGAACUGGUCACCUACAGUCCAGUACGUGGGGCUGAACUAGUCACCUACAGUCCAGUACGUGGGGGUGAACUGGUCACCUACAGUCCAGUACGUGGGGCUGAACUGGUCACCUACAGUCCAGUACGUGGGGGUGAACUAGUCACCUACAGUCCAGUACGUGGGGGUGAACUAGUCACCUACAGUCCAGUACGUGGGGGUGAACUAGUCACCUACAGUCCAGUACGUGGGGGUGAACUAGUCACCUACAGUCCAGUACGUGGGGGUGAACUAGUCACCUACAGUCCAGUACGUGGGGGUGAACUAGUCACCUACAGUCCAGUACGUGGGGGUGAACUGGUCACCGACAGUCCAUUCGACACAUCAUCCGAAGAAAGAAAUGUGUAA